AUGCCUGGUGUUCCCCCUGACGCGCUUGAGCAGGUGAAGAAGGGAUUCAAGCGAUUCUUCAGUCGCAAGAAGAACAAGAAGCCCGCCAAAACAUCUGAGCCUGCUGCAGCUGCCCCAGUAGCUGGUGAGGCGGCCGCUGCAAAGCCCACCGGCCCCACUGCCACCCCGGAAACUGCCCCUGACACUGCUAAGCCAGCUGAGACAACCCCUGCCGCCCCCGCAGAUACCACUGCUGCUAAGCCAGAGGCCGAGGCGCCUGCUGCCCAACCUGAAGCCCCUGCUGCUAAGCCCGAGGCUGCUGCUCAGCCUGAAGCUACCCCUGAAGCCCCUGCUGCACCUAAUCCCGAGGCUGAGGUCCCUGCUGCUCUACCUAAAGCUACCCCCGAAGCUCCCGCUGCUCCAGCCGAAGUUCCUGCUGCUAAGGCAGAGGAACCUGCCAAGACUGGUAAUCGAAUCCCCCAGCGCCACGAAGCAAAGAGUAAUACUAAUGGUGAUGUUAGAUUCCCCCACUAA